GGCGUCCCCUGCCGGCGGGGCGGCCCCGACCCGUCAUGGCGGCCGUGCCGCAGAACAACCUGCGGGAGCAGCUGCAGCUGCACUCGGCCCGCGGCGCCCUCAGCAAGCCGCCCCCGCCGCGGCACCGGCCGGCGGGCUUCACCUUCAAGAAGACCUCGCCGGCCGGCGCGCUGCCCAGGGAGCCUCGGGGCCUCCCCGCCGCCUCCGCGUUGAGGGACAAAGAUGUUAACACCUCCCUGGCUGCGCUCGCCUCGGCCCUCCCUGCCUCCAAGGAGAAGAGAACGCAAAUCCAGGACUUCUUCGGCCCCCACGGACGGGCCCUGCAGCCGGCCCGCGCGAGCCCGGCGCUUCCCGCGUCCCGGGAGGCGUCAAAAGGCCCCGCGGCCUCUGGGAAGGGGAGUGUGACCGAGGGGCUGCGCGGUGCUGCCGGGCCCGGUCCUGCGGCUGGCCCCGUCAUUACCGUAGGAGAUGAGUGGGAUGACAUUGACGACUUUGAUUUGUCGGGAAUGGAAAAGAAGUAUUGCAGACCGCCGCUCCUCUCCCCCAAAGGGCAGCGGGCCGCCUGCAAGGCUUCCCAGAGGUCAGACCCCCGCCUGGACCAGCCGCCCGGCUCUCCCGGGACCGCGGGGGAUGCCAUGGGGCCUCGCAGCCGCAGCGCUUCGGAGCGCGGGGAGGCCUCUGCAGAGGCUGAACAACAACCCUCCUCGCAGCAAUCUGUGAUCUGUCUCGAGGAUUCAGCUCCCUGCAGCGGUGACAAGGCUCUGGGUGAGGGCCUUUGGGAGAAUUUAUCUGCUGACGUGAUUUUGGAUGAUGACGGGGAAGAGGCUCACCCAGCUGCUAAUGGUAAAAGUGGUGAGAGCCAGAAGCCAAGCAACGAUGAGAAGAACAGCCUCCCAGAAUUGGAUGAGGCCAACAUUGAGCCGUUCGCAGGCACUGAGCUUGAAGAGGACGAUUACUUAGAUAUUGUUCCACCCUCCCCUGAAGAAGAGCUGCCUUCCUUCUCGCCUUCUGUAAAAAGCAUUAGUAAUAUUUUCCAAGAAUCUCCAACUGGUGGAAGAUCCAUAGUUAGCAGCGUUGAGUCCAAGCCUGGGAAGGUUGCCACAACGCCGCCUGUUGCUGAAAGCAAUCCUAGCACGGACGAUGCAGAUAAGGGCUUGCAUUUGGAACAGCAACUCUACAGCGUCAUGGAUGAUAUCUGUAAGCUGGUAGAUGCUAUUCCGCUUCAUGAGCUGAAGUCUCUGUCAUGUGCAAAAGAACUUCUCCAGCAGAGAGAUCUCAGGAGAAAAUUGCUAGCUAAUUCUGUCACUUUGAACAAAGGUAGCGUAAACAACGCUUUGCCUAGAAACUGGAAGGCAUGUGUGGAGCGGGACCCUCUCGCAUGUCCUGGUACUGCUCUGUGUUCUGGCCCGAACUGGAGCUUCAGUUCUGACAGAAACUCGCCAAAAUCCACAAACCUCCCAUCUGUGCUUUCUGGCACUGUUAAUUCAAGCAAUUUUUCUACCAAAAAAAAUCAAACUUUGGGUACCUCUUAUGCUUCAAAGCAAAGUAUUGGGGAGAUCACCUGCCUAGAAACUGCAGCACUGUCUUCUUCCAAGGUGAAUGGCAAAGAUGGAGCUUCCCCCAGCCUCCAUUCCGAGAUGUCCUUUGACAACAGCUGGUGUGAAAAACCAGGGCUGAGAAACAGUGGAAACCAUCAUCUGCUGGAGAGGCCUCUUACGAGCACAACUCUAAAAGGUCAGAGCAAAGCUCCUACUGGCAUUCCUGCAGAAGAUGGUUUAGGUAUAAAUGAUACAGACUUUGACCUUGAUCACUUUGAUAUUGAUGAUUUUGAUGAGGGCUGGGAGAAUUCGGUGAAUGUUUCAGCACCUGAGACGCCGUCUACGCCGUUGUAUCAGCCUGUCAGGGAAGGGCCACCUGCCAAAUCGCUGUUGUCAAAGAUAAUGUCCAGAGCCAAAGGGUCUGCUGUUGUCUCAAAUCCUGCUGCUCUGAAAUCAAGCUUCUUGAUGGCGCCAAAGAACCGUUCAGAUCCGCCAGUUAAUAACCCUGCUCUAGAACGUUUCAGGGGUAUGAAAUUCUCCCAUUCUGAAGAAAUGAUGAAUAUAUUUCACAAGAAGUUUGGUUUGCACUGUUUUCGGACAAAUCAGCUGGAGGCCAUCAAUGCUGCUCUUCUGGGUGAAGAUUGUUUCAUCUUAAUGCCCACGGGUGGUGGUAAAAGCUUGUGCUACCAGUUACCAGCGUGUGUCUCUGCUGGAGUCACUAUUGUUAUCUCUCCACUGAGGUCGCUGAUAAUAGAUCAAGUUCAGAAACUGAAGACUUUAGAUAUUGCAGCAACAUAUCUGACUGGUGAUAGAACAGAUGCUGAUGCUUCAAAAAUAUACAUGCAAUUGUCAAAAAAAGAUCCUGUGAUAAAGCUUCUGUAUGUCACCCCUGAGAAGGUUUGUGCAAGCAGCCGACUGAUGUCAGCCCUGGAAAAUCUCUACGACAGGAAACUCCUAGCGCGUUUUGUCAUUGAUGAGGCCCACUGUGUCAGCCAGUGGGGUCACGAUUUCCGACAAGACUACAAACGACUGAAUAUGCUCCGCAAGAAGUUUCGCUCUGUUCCUAUGAUGGCCCUUACUGCCACUGCUAACCCCAGAGUACAGAAGGAUAUUCAGAAUCAGCUUGAGAUGCUAAAACCACAAGUGUUUACAAUGAGCUUCAACAGGCAUAACUUGAAAUAUGAUGUAUUGCCCAAGAAGCCAAAGAAGGUGGCAAUGGAUUGCUUGGAAUGGAUUAAAAAAUAUCAUCCUCAUGACUCUGGAAUAAUUUAUUGCCUUUCACGUCAUGAAUGUGACACAACAGCGGCUAUUCUGCAGAAGGAGGGUCUUGCUGCACUUGCCUAUCAUGCUGGCCUCCCUGACUCCAACAGAGAUCUUGUACAAAAGAAGUGGAUUAAUCAAGAAGGAUGCCAGGUUAUAUGUGCAACUAUUGCCUUUGGAAUGGGAAUUGAUAAACCUGACGUACGCUAUGUUAUCCAUGCUUCUCUUCCUAAAUCUAUAGAAGGUUACUAUCAAGAAUCUGGCAGAGCUGGACGCGAUGGUGAAAUGUCUCACUGUCUGCUCUUCUACAGCUACAGUGAUGUAACCAGACUUAGAAGGCUAAUACUAAUGGAGAAAGAUGGAAACAGUCACACAAGACAGACCCACUUUAACAACCUGUACAGUAUGGUUCACUACUGUGAGAAUGUAGUUGAUUGCCGGAGAAUUCAGCUUUUGGCCUACUUCGGGGAAACUAAUUUCAAUCCCACCUUCUGUAAAGAUCACCCGGAAGUAAUUUGUGAUAACUGCAGUAGAAAGAAGGAUUACAAAUCAAGAAAUGUAACAGAUGAAGUGAAGAGCAUUAUAAGAUUUGUACGAGAGCAUUGUGGACAAAUAGGACGAAUAAAUGCAAAGAGAAAUACAGGUUCUGGAAGAUACACGUUGAAUAUGAUGGUAGACAUUUUCUUAGGUACAAAGAGUGCGAAGAUUCAGUCUGGAAUAUUUGGGAAGGGAGCUGCCUACUCAAGGCAUAAUGUGGAAAGACUGUUUAGAAAACUGGUCUUAGACAAGAUUCUGGAUGAAGACUUGUACAUCACAGCUAAUGACCAAGCGGUAGCAUAUGUAAUUCUAGGAGAGAAAGCUCAGGCUGUGCUAGACGGAUCACUACAGGUGGAGUUUCAUGAAACAGAAAGUGCCAGUGCCAUCAGAAAGCAAAGGGCUUCCGUGGCAAAAAUGUCACAGCGGGAAGAGAUGGUUAAAAAGUGCUUUGGGGAACUUACAGACAUGUGCAAAACGCUUGGGAAAGUCUUUGAUGUGCAUUACUUCAAUAUUUUCAGUACUUCAACUCUAAAGAAAAUAGCAGAAACCUUGUCAUCUGAUGUGGAGGUUUUACUGCAGAUUGAUGGAGUCACAGAAGACAAACUGGAAAAAUAUGGUGCAGAAAUAAUUAAAGUGAUGGAUAAGUACUCUGAAUGGACCAUACCAGAAGAUGCUGCCUGCCAAAGUGUGGACACAGCUACGGGAAGCACCGGCACACCUGAGAGUGAUGAAGAAGCAGAAGACGUAGUUACAACCUCAAGCUAUUUUGGCAGCAAUGCAAACCAAAGAAAGAAAAGGAAAGGGCCGCCAAACUUCAGAGAAUCAAAGAGGAAAAAGACAAGUAACGGUGGCAGCCAACGGUUUCAUCCCAAAGGUGGUUACAGCAAGUACAGAAGGACCAAAAGGCCGUCUAGCUCGAAGGCUCCAGCUUCAUCUGGCUGCAGUUCAGCAUCGUACAGUGUUAGUGCCACGCACGGAGCUGCUGGAAAGCUGGGGAUUAUGGCACCACCGAAACCCAAAACCAGACAAUUCCUUCAGCCUUCGUAUUCAAUAUUGUAACUAGG